GUCAUGAGGCAACUCUCCGGUGGAAAGAAGAGGCUUCUCAGUUGAUGGAAGGAGGGCUUUGUGUUCAGCUCUCGCUCUCCUCUUUUUGAUGGGGCCUCUAGCACGAACAGAAAACUCAAGUCCGUCAGUGCAUUAUCAAACUUCCGCGAAACCACAUAUCAGGCGAUCCUCGAGUUGAUCGUGAGAGUGAAAUAAUUUUACGGACAAGAGAUUCACUAAUUGUUUUCUCGUUAGUGCAACACAAUCUUGCCAAGAUAAUGAACUUCCUCCGGCGUUGGCUUGUUGUUCAGUUUGUGAUAGGGUUGGGUGCAUGGAUCCCGGUGGGGGCUAAAGAGGCUAUGCUUGUUACCAGCAUAGAUGAGUUUUCCGACGAUGCCGUUCUAGAGAUCUUCAAUUUUGAUACCAAGUCAUGGCGGUCUUUGGAAAAAUCCAAUAAGACACUCCCCAAAGACCCCUCCGCUCGAGCCGAAGCCUUGAAGCCUGGCUCGGCUAGAUUAAUCGAAGACCAUGCUGUGCUGGAAUACGAGUUAAGGAAUGGUUUGGCAACAGAACUGGCUAAUUAUCCAUCCACAUUGGACGGCUCGGCUAUUUUGGAGUAUGGAGACACUUUCUGUCUCGUGGGGGGAUUCGACAAUGGCGAAAAAAAGCUCCUGGAUUCUGUCCUCUGUUGGAAUCCACUUACCAUUGGCGAUCUUGUUCGCCCAGGUCAGAUCAAUGAAGGGGCUCAAGCAUCUGGUGGAUGGAUCGGCUUACCCAAAAUGACUAAAGGACGUCACCAACCGGGAGCUGUGGUGAUGGAUGGGAAGCUUUUCGUUGCCGGCGGCUACGACACCCUCAAUCAUGACUUCCUGACCCAUGUCGAGGUGUUCGACGACGUCAGUCAAAAGUGGUAUGAGAUCGCACCUUUGAAGUAUCCUCGAGCUGGCCUCUCAUUGGUGAGCCUGGAUGGCAAGAUUUACGCCAUCGGAGGGUACAAAAACCAUGAGUACCUCAACGUGGUCGAGAUGUACGAUCCUCUAAUGAACAGUUGGAAAAAGAUGAGUGAUCUCAACAUCCCAAGGGCAAAGUUCGGGGCUGUGGUAAAGGCCAACAAGAUUUUUGCAGUUGGAGGAGUUAAAGGAUUUCGAAACAGAGACAAUCUGAAAUCCGUUGAGGUGUUCUUUCCCAAAGAAAACCUAUGGAGGAUUUCAAAAUGGCCUCUGACACAAAUUCGUGGACCCGUUAGAGCCACUUUAGUGACGGACGUUUAAAACAAACAACAGACAUAUUUCAUGUUGGCAUACUUCCUCCAAAGAAUGAAUGAAAAUUAUUCUCCACAAUAUCUCAAUUUUCCCCGGUAAAAUAAGUGUUUGUAAAUGAAGUGUACCGUAUUCUUUCAGCCAAAGUUAUCAAUUCCUGGGUGUCAGUAUCCGCUUCUUUCUCUGAAAAGACGAACAACACAAACGGGAUGGUGGAUAACUAAAACAAUAAAAAGAUAAUCAUGACCACAUUCUAUGAUGGCUUGUUCAAUUAGCUCUUGAUAUCGACGCAUGCAUGCAGUUAUGGAAAAAGCCGACAUCCUUCCGAGGUAUCCCCCACCGGAGGAUGAGCGAUAAAUGAUUCUUUUUUUUCACUGGCUAACCACAAAAAGUUGACAAGAAAACAUCAUUGGUCUUCAGACGAAACCUGGCAACAUAAAUAUGGAGGUAGCGCCAAUCUGCAGUCGUAAAAAACAAAGCACUAAUUCGUCAAUGACAGAUGCCACGGGUGACAACUACCUCAGCAUGAUC